AGAGGGAGGGAAGGAGCCGCCGGCUCUUUCCUGCCUCCCUGCAAACUUCGGCGGGACUCACGUCUCCCCUCUCCGCUGCGGCCGCCGCGCCCCCUGCCCGGGAGCUGCUCCGGGAACUUCCUCUCGCCGCGCGGCCGAGCGCCCCCGCGGGUGGGAGGACGCCGCCGGGCGGCCGCUGCUCGGACCGUCCGGACCUCUUUCCCGCGGCUCCCCGGGCUGCCGCUGGCUCCUCUGCCUCGCUGCCCGCCUGCCCGCGCGUCCGUCGGUCCGUCCUUCCUGGCCGCCUCGCCUUUCCCGGCGGGCGGCCGCCACCAGGCUUCCCCUCGGCGCCCCGCCGCUGCCCGGGACUUUUCUUUGUGUUGGAUGCGGACUCGCGCCCCGCGCCGACGGGGGGCGGCUUGAGGGCUUUGCUGGCCCCGGGCGGCCCGUGGCGCCGCGAGCCCGAGCCGCCCGCCGCUGGCCAUGCCCUUCCACCAGAGGACCGUGGAGCCCGCGCGGCUGCGCCGGCCCGAGGCGGCCGGGGCCGCGGGCGCGCCGCUUUUCCGCUCGCUGGAGCAGGUCAGCUCGCACGCCCUGGUCUGCCUGCUGGCGCAGCUCGCCGACCUGUCGCGCUGCGCCGGGGACAUCUUCGGCGAGCUCGAGGGCCAGGCGGCCGCGGUGGGCCACCGCCUUGACGCCGUGCACCGCCGCCUCGACGCCCUGCACGCCGCCGCCGCGCGCCUAGACCACCGCCGAGUGAAAAUCCCGGUUUCCAACCUAGACGAGGAGAGCAGAUGGACCGUCCACUACACCGCUCCGUGGCACCAGCAGGAGAAUGUGUUCCUUCCCAGCACAAGGCCCCCCUGCGUAGAGGACCUGCACCGCCAAGCCAAGCUCAACCUCAAAACAGUGCUGAGGGAAUGUGACAAACUGCGGCGGGAUGGCUGCCGGAGCUCCCAGUACUACUCCCAGGGCCCCACCUUCGCCGCCCCCUCGAGUGCACUCUGCAAUGAAGACCAAGAUGAGGAUGAAGAAGCAGAUCAGAAGUGUUCUAUCUCUUCGUCGGAAGAAGAAAGACUUAUUUCCAUCAGGAGAUCUAAACCGCCAACCUCAAGCGACUUUCCUGAUCUUAAUACUCAAACGAACUGGGCCAAGUCACUUCCCUUGCCAACGCCCGAGGAGAAGAUGCGACAGCAUGCCCAAACAGUCCAGGCUGAUGUGGUUCCUAUUAACAUAACCGGGGAGAAUUUCGAUCGCCAGGCCAGCCUUCGGCGGUCUCUAAUUUACACAGACACUCUGGUAAGACGACCGAAGAAAGUCAAAAGGAGAAAGACUAUUACAGGAGUCCCUGACAACAUACAGAAGGAGCUAGCCGCGGGCACUGGCCACGAUGAUGGUGGUGGUCACUCGGUGUACGCUCCAGACCACUACUCGACACUAGGAAGGCUCGACAGCCAUCGGUCUGCCGGGCAGCGCUCUGAAACCAGGGACUGCAGCUGUCAGACCGAGGAAGUCAAGGUUGUGCCCCCUUCGAUGAGAAGAAUCAGGGCGCAGAAGGGUCAAGGCAUUGCUGCCCAGAUGAGCCACCUCUCGGGCUCCUCAGGGAACAUGUCCGUGCUGAGCGAUUCUGCGGGCAUCGUGUUCCCCUCCCGCCUCAGCAGCGACGCUGGCUUCCACAGCCUCCCGCGUUCCGGCGCCAGGGCCAGCGUGCAGUCUCUGGAGCCCCAGUUCGCGGGAGACCUGGACGGCGUGUUCCCCUACCAGAGGGCUAACCUCCAAGCAGAUGAAAACAUAGGACGGUUAGCAGGUGCCUGUAGGACCGGAACCCUCUUGAGGCCCAAGUCCCAGGAGCUGAGACACUUGGAGAGUGAAAACAGGACAGGCCCGGCAUGUGUGGUGUCCCCUCAUGGGACCUGCUCCACCAGCAUCAUCCCCAAUGCCACCCUCUCCUCCUCGUCGGAAGUGAUUGUCAUCCACACCGCUCAGAGUUCAGGGCAGCUGGACAGUAAAAUGACCAGCUCCCCGACAUACAUGAAGAUAAAAUCUAGGGACCGACUCCUCCCCAGGCACUCUGGUACAGAUGACCGGUGGUCUCCCAGUGGCAACUGGAAUGAAGGUCACUCCACCGUUGUUUCACAGGCCCUGGGCCCCCGUUCCCCCAGGAGAGCCACACUGUUGUCCCUCUGUGAUGCGGCAGUCUCUCUGAAUGCCCCAGCGCAUCAGGACAAUGGGCCCCAAGCCAUGGCCUAUAACUGUAGAAAGAGCCUGAGCUUCCCAGCGGCCCCGCAGGAUGUGGAUGGCAAGAGUGAGUCCAGUUAUUCAGGAGGCCGGGGGCAUGGCGUGGAGCCCUGGGAAUACAGCGCCUCAGGGAGCGGGCGGGCCUCCCCACUGAAGCCUCACCUGGCCACUCCUGGUGACUGCACUCCUGUGAGCAACAUGAGCAGCUGCAGUUUGGACCAGACGUCCAACAGAGACGACGCCAGGUCCCUGUACUCAGAGGACCACGAUGGCUACUACACGUCUGUGCACAGCGACGCUGCACCCGGGGCUGGGAGUCUGGGCGGCAGCAGCAAUGGCUUUGGGAACCCCAGGCACAGCGUGGUCAAUGUGUUUGAAGGAAGAACUCAGAAGAACCAAGGGGACCGGUCAAAUUGCCAUGACAGAUCUCUUUCUCGAAACAUCUCUUUGAAGAAAGCAAAGAAGCCUCCUCUGCCACCCUCUCGGACGGACUCCCUGCGCAGGAUCCCCAAGAAGAGUGCCCAGACCAACGGGCAGGUGCUCAACGAGAGCCUGAUUGCCUCACUGCACUACUCGCUGCAGCUGAACCUCCCGGGCAAGGGCGGCCUGUCACCCUCCCAGAGCCCCUGCAGUGACCUGGAGGAGCCCUGGCUGCCCCGCUCCCGCAGCCAGAGCACGGUGAGUGCGGGCAGCAGCAUGACUUCCGCCACCACGCCCAACGUCUCCUCCCUGUGCGGGGUCACCCCGUCACCGAGCGACACGAGCAGUGUUAAGUCCGAGUACACGGACCCUUGGGGUUACUACAUUGACUGCACAGGCCUGCAAGAAGACCCUGGGAACCCCGGCGGGGGCUGGCCAGCCUGCAGUGGGGCGCCAACUGGCAAUGGGCCAGCCCGCCACGUCCCAGAGGGCUCCAGGGCCGCCGUGCCCCCGGGGCCUGGUGGCUCAGUCAAACCAAAGAUCACGUCACCGGAGAAGUCGCAUCGAGUCACUUCUCCGUCCAGUGGGUAUUCCAGCCAGUCGAAUACGCCCACGACACUCACCCCUGUGCCUGUGUUUUUGAAAUCAAUGUCACCAGCCAACGGGAAGGGAAAGACCAAGCCCAAGGUGCCGGAAAGGAAGUCCUCUCUGGUGUCUUCCGUAUCCAUCUCCUCAUCGUCCACGUCCCUUUCUUCUAACACGUCCACAGAAGGGAGUGGAACCGUGAAGAAGCUGGACGCGGUGCCGGCCUCUCUCCCUGCCGUUCCUCCUCUCCCGCCUCUUCCGUCUCCUUGUCCUGCCGACAGGUCUCCUCCUCUCCCUCCUCCCCCGCCUUCAGCAGAUUCCCCCGAGGGCUCUCCUCUGCCUCAGUCUCCUCUUUUCCCCCCUCCACCACCAGAAGUUCUUAUUCCCUUCUGUCCUUCUGCUGACAUGUGCUUUUCUCCUCCCUCCCCAGCCUGUAGCCCCACUCUGGGCCAUGCCCCUGUGCUGUCCCCCCCACAGUCUUUACCCUCCUUGGUUCCCCCGCCUGCCCCACCCCUGGACCCUAGCCUGAUGAAAGAUGCUAGGCCUUCUUUCAAAAAGUCUAGCCAGCCAGACUCCUCCCAGGAGGCCUUUAGACAGCCUGGGACCAAGCAGGAGGGCGGCAGACCCCCCGGGCCCCUCAUCACCACGGAAGCAUUGCAGAUGGUACAGUUGAGGCCGGUGAAGAAGAACUCGGGAACCGAGGGAGCACUGUUUCAUGAACAAGCGUCUCAGGAAAAACGAACUCCAGUUGUGCCCCAGUAUCAUUUAAAGCCAUCUGCUCUCCUGAAAUCCCGAAAUAGCAUAAAUGAAAUGGAGAGUGAAAGCCAGUCUGCCUCCGUAACAAGCUCGCUGCCGACUCCCGCCAAGAUCAUGAGCCAGGGUCACCAGGACAGAGCGGCCGAGCAUGGCUGCAGCCCGGGCGGCCCUGGGGCGGCAGAGGCUGGACCCAGGCCCACCCCACAGCAGACGGCCCCUGGACCUUCGCCCAGCAGGAAGCCGCCCCCCAUUUCCAAGAAGCCCAAACUGUUCCUGGUGGUGCCACCUCCGCAGAAAGAUUUCACAGCGGAGCCAGCACAGAACGUGAGCGAAGCAGCGCCCAGCCCCACGAAGGGAGAGGCCAGAGAGAGUUGUGCAUCCGAGGCCGGUUCUGAUGAGACCGGCUCCAGCAGCUCGGUUCUUGAGGGAGGAGCUGCAGAAUCCACAUCCCCAGGCAGAGUGGACGCCAGUGUCCCCGUGGUGCAGCCCGAUGCCUCGCCAGUCCCUGAGCAGGAGGAGCCAGGCACCGAGCCCAGCGGGGACAGCGUGGAGAGCUGUCGGACUCUGCAGGACCCAGGGCCCGGGGCUCCGGAGACGGACUCAGCCCUCUCUUCCUCAGAGGACUUCCUUAAGGAAGAAGGGAGUGAUGAGGCGAUGACCCCCAGCAGACCCCGGACCACGGAAGACCUCUUCGCAGCUAUUCACAGAUCCAAGAGGAAAGUCCUCGGCCGCAAAGAUUCGGACGACGACCACGCCCGAAACCAUUCUCCCUCCCCGCCGGUGACGCCCACCAGUGCCGCCCCCAGCCUGGCCUCCCCGAAGCAGGUGGGAUCGAUCCAGAGGAGCGUGCGCAAGAGCAGCACCAGCAGCGACAACUUCAAAGCUCUGCUGCUGAAGAAGGGCAGUCGGUCAGACGCCAGCGCCCGCAUGUCCGCCGCGGAGAUGCUCAAGAACACAGACCCCAGAUUCCAGAGGUCGAGGUCGGAGCCUUCUCCAGACACUCCCGACAGCCCGUCCAGCUGUUCCCCAAACAAGAACAGAAGGGCCCAGGAGGAAUGGGCUAAGAACGAAGGCUUGAUGCCUCGGAGUCUGUCCUUUUCCGGCCCCAGGUACGGCCGCAGUCGAACGCCGCCCUCUGCCGCCAGCAGCAGGUACAGCAUGCGGAACCGCAUCCAGAGCAGCCCGAUGACCGUCAUCUCUGAAGGCGAAGGGGAGGCCUUGGAGCCCGCGGACGGCAGGGCGCGCCACGCCCUGGGCGCUGCAAGGGGCUGUUCGCUGGGUGGGCUGGAGGGGGAUGAAAUGGACGAGGGCAGCCUGCUCUGUGGCGGGGAGCCCACCGCCUUGCUGCGGGCACAGGCUUCCGGCCCCGCAGAUGGGACGGCCAGUACCGAGGGCAGGGAUCCGUCGGAACCGAGGGAGGUGCUCUGAGGGCAGAGAGUUAGGAGCAAGAACGGGGUCUCCCAGAUGGUGGGGGGGCGGGUGCACAACACGUCUCUCUAGGAGGCCGGAGGGGGCCCUUCACCGCCUGCCCCGGGCUCCCACUCCGUGUGUGUGCUGUGGGCCCGGGUCCCUCCAUGCCCGCGGUGGGUGAGGGCUGCUUAGGACUCACUUGGCACUUGCCCUGUGGCUUAAGAGCAAGUAGAAGCUUAACUUCUGAAAGUGCUUCCUGGGGAAGAUUUUUUUUUUCUAAAUGCUGGGGGGUGGGGGGGGGCAGUGAACAGGUAUGUGUGUGCGCAUUUUGAAUACUCUUUAUGUUAAAAAAUACACACACACACACACAUAACAGAUAUGUGAAGAAAAAAGAGUUAAGCUAGGUGGAGUAAUGGAGGCUUCUGGACUAGGAGGUGAUGGCUUUAAACGUCUGUUGACGGAAAUGAGUGUGUUCCAGAAGGAAGGAGAAGACCAUUGCUUCUGAGAAAGAGGUGCUAGAUUGGCUGGUCUGAGUGCACAGAACACGAGGGCACACGCACCGGUGUGCUUUCUGGUGAGCCCGGAAGGCUGGGGAAGGGCUGAGUGACUAACCGGUUCAGGUACUUUUUUUCCCCGGGAAAAAGGCUUUGCUCCUUUUUUGUAAAAAUGACAUGCGGCUGUGGCGACGCUGUCACCGGGAGCCUGCGGCUGUGCAGCCACAGGCGCGCAGCUUGUAGCCCGGGUUUUGGAACGGUGGGUCAUUUCUCACGUGGAUCCUCCUGGAGCGGAGGGGGCCUCUGAGAACCGAGCUGAACGUGGGCACACGCAGAGGGGGCGGGGGAGGGGAGAAGGCGGAGGGGAAGGUGAUACACUGCUGGGAUUUGUUUCCUGCUUAGUAAAUGAAAUUAUUUUUUAGAGUUAAAAUUGAAAACUUGCACUAUAGAACUGUGGGCGGAGCGUUUCCUUUUAUAACCGUGUUUUUUUUAACCAGAGUUUAAACUUCCAUUUGGCAAUUUCUUAUCACUUGAAAUGUCAACAUUUGCUAACUUUUGGAUAUCCUUUUGGUGACACCAAAGAGAAAGUUCUGGCUGUUUCUCCUUGAACCGCCUGCAGGAUUGUGUCUUCGCCGAGAAGGGUUAUCAGAAUCUCGGAUAUCACCAGACUUUGACGAAAAUGCUGAAAAGCUCUUUAGUUUCAUGAACUGGUAAACAUUGGCAGGGCUUGGCUACGAAUUAGCCCUGGGAAAUGAGUUUUUAGAUUUAAAAGAUUUUUUGCAUCAUUUGGUUUGUGUGUUUUUAUAUUUUUUUAUAAAUAUAAUUGAGUUAGGUAAUUACCUUCUAAUCUUCUUUGGUUAGAAUGUUAACACUUUUAGACAUGGGAAAAAGCCUGUAAAGUAUUUAUUUUUAUGUCAUAUUCUGGUGACCCCUUCCCCCACCCCCUCCCAAUGGCCACGUCCUUGAUUUACUGGUGAGUAAAACCCGAGUGGUCUUCGUCAGAAGGACCCGAGACGGCAGUCCUGAGGAUCUCGGGUCACGUCCCUGCCUGUCGUCGUCUUUUCCAGCGUGAAAAUCUCACCUAAAAGUUGGACAGCACAGGCCGAGUCAUGAUGAGGUUUGUGCAGUAAAACUUGAGAUAUCCAUUUCAGGCACGUCUUUAAGACAAAAAGCAAAUCUAAAGAAGUAAGGCUCCUUCCGUUCUCUGAAGAAAACAAAACAGUUCUUUUCACACAACCAGAAAUCAAGACCUGACAUUUGGCCACGAGCAAAGGACUUUUUUUUUAACUUUUUGGGAGCAAGUGUCUACUACAUUGGGAACGAGGAUUUUUUUUUCUUCUAAAUUUUAGAAAAGUGGUGUUGGCUUUUGAAUAUGAAAUCUCAUAGCUACCUAGAAAAUACUAGAAUGUACAUGGCUGUCAGAAAACUUUAACAUAAUGUACAAAUUAUAUAUGUCAAAGGUAAAAUAAGCAAUGUCAAAACUAAUGAUAAAACUAUUUUUAAAAAAACAUUUUUAAAGGAAAAAAUAUAUUAGGUUUUUCAAUUUGCUUUGAAUAAAAACAAUUGUAAAGUAAA